UGCCAGUCAGUGCUACCUAUCAGUGCUGCCAAUCAGUGCCACCUAUCAGUGCCAGUCAGUGCCGCCUAUCAGUGUGCAUCAGUGCUGCCUAUCAGUGUCCAUCAGUGCAGCCUAUCAGUGCCCAUCACUGCAGCCUCAUUAGCGCACAUCAGUGAAGGAGAAAAAUCACUUAUUUACAAAAUUUUAUAACAAAAACUAAGAAAAAACUUUUUUUUUUUCAAAA